AUGGCGGACCGUGAUACGCUACAGCUGCCUCGGGAGGUGAGAGCAAGACUUGCUGAACUGGAACUUGAGUUGUCGGAGGGUGAUAUAACACAGAAGGGCUAUGAAAAGAAGAGGUCUAAACUAUUGAGACCUUACCUGCCCCACCCUCCAGGGUCGGACCGCUGUCCUGUGACUCCAUCCUCCUCUCGUUACCAACGGCGACGUUCCUCGGGCUCACGCGAUGAGAGAUACUGCUCAGACGUGUACUCUGAGGCGGUCCAGGCAGCCUUACAAAGACAGAAGGAGAAGAAAAUGGCUGUGCCCAUGCCUUCAAAACGUCGCUCACUGCUCACACAGACGUCUGUGGAUGCUUACACACCACCAGACUCCUCGUCGGGCUCAGACUGUGAGGGCAGCGCCAGAGUCGAAGCUUGGAUGAGCCACGCCCUUCACUCUUCAUCAUCAACAACAUCGUCGUCAUCAUCACACAGCACUGGCUCAGCAAAUGCAGCACGACUGGCUGACAGCAGCACACACACAUACAACAUUGGUCCAAUUUCUCACCUGUCUCUGAGAAGGCGGGGUUUAGGGGGAUUGGGCGGGUCAGUGGAGAACGGGAACAUGGCCCGGCGUUCUUAUGACUACCCAUCUGACCGGCCCUGGUCAUCACUGGACUCUGAGGACAGUCACUCUGCCCCCCCUGAUGUCACACCCUUACACACACCCCACAUACAGUGGCCCCAGGUCGCACACCCGACCAAAGCUCCACCUAAAUAUGGGAACGCAGAACUCAUGGAGACAGGAGACGGUGUACCUGUGAGCAGUCGUGUGUCAGCUAAGAUCCAGCAGCUGGUGGACACACUGAAGAGACCCAAACGCCGGCCGCUCAGGGAGUUCUUUCUGGAUGAUUUUGAGGAGAUGCUGGAAGUGCAGCAGCCGGACCCCUCCCUUCCUCGCCCAGAGGGGCCGGAGUCGAUGCCCAUACAGGGGCAGGAACUGUGUGUAGGCAGCCACUGUCCCACCUCCCUGGAGGCGGCACUUCAACGGUGGGGUUCCAUCGCCCCCAAAGCUCCCUGUCUCACAACGUCACACAGCGAUGGCAAACACAUCUACACACUCACUUAUGGUAAAUUGUGGAGCAGAAGUUUGAAGGUGGCCUACAAUAUUCUACAUAAACUUGGGACUAAACAGGAGUCGAUGAUCCAGCCUGGAGACAGGGUCGCACUGGUCUUUCCGAAUAAUGACCCGGCCUCGUUCAUGGUGGCGUUUUACGGCUGCCUGCUUGCUGAGCUGGUGCCAGUGCCCAUUGAGGUUCCCCUCAGUAAGAAAGAUGCUGGGAGUCAACAGAUUGGCUUCCUGUUGGGUAGCUGUGGGGUUGCCGUGGCGCUGACCAGUGAUGCGUGUCAUAAAGGCCUUCCCAAGAGUACAAACGGAGAAGUACUACAGUUCAAAGGCUGGCCGAAGUUGUUGUGGGUUGUGACUGACUCCAGGCAUUUAUCUAAACCACCCAGAGACUGGUACCCACUCAUUAAAGACGCCAACAGCGACACAGCAUACAUCGAGUAUAAGACUUGUAAGGAUGGCAGUGUUUUGGGGGUUACAGUGACACGUAUCGCAAUGCUCACACACAGUCAAGUCCUCACACACACCUGUGGAUACACUGAGGCUGAGACCAUCGUAAAUGUCCUUGAUUUCAAAAGGGACGUUGGGCUCUGGCAUGGCAUCCUCACGAGUGUGUUGAACAUGCUCCAUGUGAUCAGUGUACCGUAUGCUAUAAUGAAGGUUAAUCCACUCUCCUGGAUGCAGAAAGUCAGUCAGUAUAAAGCGAAGGUCGUCUGUGUAAAGUCGAGGGAUCUCCACUGGGCUCUCAUGUCACACAGGGAUCAGAAGGAUAUUAACCUCAGUUCACUACGUAUGCUGCUGGUCGCCGAUGGUGCUAACCCCUGGUCAAUAUCAUCAUGUGAUGCGUUCCUGAACGUUUUUCAGAAUAUGGGUUUGAGGUCAGAGGUCAUUUGUCCAUGUGCUAGUUCUCCAGAGGCUCUUACUGUAGCCAUUAGGAGGCGUCAUGAGGAGGACUGUGACCCUGGGAGAGGGGUUGUCUCUAUGACAGCGCUCAGUCACGGGGUCGUCAGACUCGACACAGGAGAAAAACUCUCAGCCCUCACAAUACAGGAUGUCGGUUCAGCCAUUCCUGGAGCCCUGGUGUGUGUGGUGAAGUUGGAGGGCGCCCCACGGUUGUGUCAGACAGAUGAGAUCGGGGAGAUCUGUGUGUGUUCUGCUGCCACUGGGUCUGCAUAUUAUGGCCUGACAGGGAUGACCAAAAACACCUUUGAGGUGUGUCCUGUGUUGAGUUAUGGCUCGGUCCUGAGUGAGUAUGCCUUUGUGAGGUCGGGUUUGUUGGGCUUUGUGGGUCCAGGUGAACUUCUCUUCAUCACAGGCAAGACCGACGGCCUGAUCCAGACGUGUGGGAGGAGACACAACGCUGACGAUAUCGUAGCCACUGCACUCGCUGUGGAGCCAAUGAAGUUUGUCUACAGGGGAAGGAUAGUGGUGUUCUCUGUGCCUGUUCUACAUGAUGACCGUGUGGUGGUUGUUGCUGAGCAGAGACCAGAUGCCACUGAGGAUGAGAGUUUUCAGUGGAUGAGUCGAGUACUGCAGGCUAUAGAUGGAAUACAUCAGGUUGGUGUGUAUUGCUUGGCUUUGGUUCCGUGUAAUACAUUACCCAAAACCCCACUGGGAGGGAUUCAUCUGUCAGAGACGACACAACUCUUCCUGGAGGGGGCGCUACAUCCCUGCAAUGUCCUGAUGUGUCCUCACACCUGUGUCACCAACCUGCCUAAACCACGCCAGAAACAACCAGAGGUAGGUCCGGCUUCUGUGAUGGUUGGGAACCUGGUGGCCGGGAAGCGUAUAGCCCAGGCCUGUGGUCGUGACCUCAGUCAGACGGAGGACUGUGAUCAGUUCCUCUUUCUUUCUGAAAUCCUCCAGUGGAGAGCACAGACUACGCCAGAUCACAUCUUAUACACGCUUCUAAACUCACGGGGGGCGUUGGCUAGCUCGCUGACAUGUCUUCAGUUACAUAAACGAGCUGAGAAAAUCGCUGCUCUGCUGUUUGACAGAGGACAGUUACGGGAUGGAGACCACGUGGCCUUGGUCUAUCCUCCAGGCAUUGAUUUGAUUGCUGCGUUUUAUGGAUGUCUGUAUGCCGGCUGUAUCCCAAUUACAGUAAGACCCCCCCACCCUCAAAACAUCUCUACCACGCUACCUACAGUCAAAAUGAUUGUUGAGGUGAGUCGUUCGGUGUGCAUUAUAACGACUCAGGCGAUCUGUAAGUUGUUGAAGACUAAGGAAGCGUCUGCUGCCGUUGAUGUCAGGUCAUGGCCCCUCAUCCUUGACACAGAUGAGCUGCCUAAACGCCGGUCUCCUUUGCUGUAUAAGCCGUGUGAUCCUGAUUCUUUAGCCUAUCUGGACUUCAGUGUGUCAACCACAGGCAUGCUUGCUGGAAUUAAGAUGUCUCAUGCUGUGACCAGCUCCCUGUGCCGGUCUGUGAAGCUGCAGUGUGAGCUGUACCCAUCCCGUGAGGUGGCCAUUUGUCUGGACCCCUACUGUGGCCUGGGCUUCGUCCUCUGGUGUCUCUGCAGUGUGUAUGCAGGGCAGCAGUCAGUCCUGAUCCCACCGCCGGAGCUGGAGGUGAAUCCUGCCGUGUGGCUGCAGUCUGUCAGUCAGCUCAAACUCAGGGACACCUUCUGCUCCUAUUCAGUCAUGGAACUGUGUACCAGAGCACUGGCGUCUCAGACACACACACUCAAGGCGCGGGGUUUGGAUCUGUCCCGUGUGAGGACCUGUGUGGUUAUAGCUGAAGAGAGACCGCGGAUCUCUCUGACCCAGAGUUUCUCCAGACUUUGGAAAGAUGUGGGUCUGCAGCCUCGAGCAGUCAGCACUGCGUUCGGCUGCAGAGUCAACAUGGCCAUCUGUCUGCAGGGAACGUCAGGACCAGAUCCCACUACUGUAUAUGUGGACAUGAGGGCACUGAGACAUGACAGGGUCAGCCUGGUUGAAAGAGGAUCUCCGCACAGUUUGCCCCUCAUGGAGUCAGGCAAGAUAUUACCUGGUGUGCGCAUCAUCAUUGCCAACCCAGCGACAAAGGGACCAGUGGGAGACUCACAUCUGGGAGAGAUCUGGGUACACAGUUCCCAUAAUGCCAGUGGAUAUUUUUCCGUGUAUGGUGAGGAGGCCCUGCAGUCUGAUCAUUUCAGUGCCAGGCUCAGUUUUGGAGACACUCAGACCGUCUGGGCCAGAACCGGAUACCUGGGCUUUCUCAGGAGAACUGAGCUCACGGACGCCCGUGGAGAGAGACACGAUGCAUUGUACGUGGUUGGCGCUUUGGACGAAGCGAUGGAGUUGAGAGGAAUGCGCUACCACCCCAUAGACAUCGAAACUUCAGUCAUCAGGGCACAUAAGACUAUAGCAGAGUGUGCCGUGUUCACGUGGACCAACCUGCUGGUGGUUGUCGUGGAACUGGACGGCUCCGAGCAGGAGGCUCUUGACUUGGUUCCCGUGGUAACCAACGCCGUCCUGGAGGAGCAUUACCUGAUUGUCGGCGUGGUCGUGGUGGUAGACCUUGGUGUGAUCCCAAUAAACUCCCGUGGAGAGAAACAGCGCAUGCAUUUACGAGAUGGGUUCCUCGCCGACCAGCUGGACCCCAUUUAUGUAGCAUAUAAUAUGUAA